AUGGCUACUUCUAACACGAACGAUCCACUAGGACAUGGUCUAAUCGAACAGCGUCUUUCUCAAAUUCCAUCAUUUCUUCUUGGUAUGUUGGAAGAUAUAUUUCCCGCAUUGUCGUCUUCAAUACUAGAUGCUCAAUCAUUCAUUAUAACUGGCAUAGGUAGUUCAGAAGCACAUGCUCGUUAUUUAACUCUUCUUAUAAAUCUUUAUACUGAUCGUCAGGCAUUAUUUAUCGGUUUUACGGGUUUUACACGAUUAACAACAAGAUUUCGUUCGAAUCAAAUGCUAAUCCUAUUCAGUCAAGGCUUAUCACCCAAUGCUCAAAUGAUACUCAAAUAUGGACAAGAAAAUUUCUCACAUAUUCUUGUAUUCACUUCAAUGAACGACGAGCAGAUGAAAAGAAAAUGUUCAUGGAUUGAUAAAGAGAAAAUUGAAACUAUUCAGUUUCCACUUAAUGAUGAAUACACGACUUUGAUUCGUGUUAUUGGCCCAGCAUGUGGUUUUCUUGCUGUCAUUCUAUUCGUUCAACGUUUCACAAACAUCCAUCUUAUCGAAAAAGCUAAGUUGCAAACGACUCUCAUUAAAAAUACAUCAUCGUCAUUGCUGUCAGGCUACUCAAUUCUCCAACAAGCGAUGAUCGAGGAUAAAAAUCAACAAUUUUCACGAGGCCCAUUUCAUUUGAUUCUUUCUUCGCCUUUGAUCGAUGUGUGUCAAAAUCUUCUCUAUAAAUUUGUCGAAGGUCUCUACUGGUCAUCACCAACUGUUCACGAUUAUCUUCAGUUUGCACAUGGUCCAUUUCAACAAUUGCGAUCAUUGACUGAUCGCUCAACAGCCAUUGUUUGCCUUGUUGAUUCAUCAAAUCUACUUGAUGUUGAACUCGAACAUCGUUUACGACAAAUGAUUGAUGAAUGCAAUAAACAACAACAAUUAGUCCAUAUUUAUACAUUAUAUUUAUCAUCGUCAUCGAUUAUCUAUUCAAUAUUUGAGCUUGAAAUGGUAUUCAAUCAAUUGAUCUUCGAGAUAAUGUGCAAGCGUCAAUGUCAACAAAUUGAUUGGCCAGGCAAAGGGCAAGAUCAACCUUUGUAUGCUUUUUCGGGUUAA